ACACAUUAUGCGAUAACUUUAAGUAUCUUAUGCUCUUAUGUAUUGUGACUGUUUUUCAUUAUCAUCAAAAUAAUGACUAUUUUUAUUCGGAUCGCUUAGCAACAAACAAAUUUGGUUGCACCGCGGGGUAAUCCCGACCGGAAACUCCACAUGUAGAUAAAAGACUGCACCAUCUGCUACAAAAUGCCUAAACAAUAGACAAAUUUGUUUUCACACUUCCAACUAUAGAUUACUAAUAAAUAACUGAUAUUGUUUUUUUUUCACCUGAAUGUAAAUAUUUUCAGUGAAAAAAAUCUAUAUCCUAAAAGCAAGCUAAAGUAACCUCUAGCAGCACUCCAGAAUUUUUUUUGCUUACAGGUAGAUUAGUUGAUCAUACUAGAAUAAUCCUUUCGAAGAAAGUUUGUUUAUUAUUAUGGCAUGGCCACUACCUGUGUUAAUCCAAAAAUGCUUGACAUUUCGACGUUCCAAAGGUUGAGCUUUAUCUAGCUCGCAAAAUGUGUGUCCAGCUCCUGAUAACUUGAUUGGCUGAAGUUAACAAUUUGCGAUUUUCGACAAUACACGACAAGUCUUUGAUCAGGAAACAAUCAAGUUGAUAAGACAAAUAUUGUAUCAAAGUGCAUUUUUGUCCGUCCCAGACCAUGAUCUCGGAACAUACCUCGUGUUUUUCCCCCACUGCUUUCUAAUCCGGCAUAUCUAUGAAAGCGUUGAGUUGGCUAAUUCAGUGAUAGUCUAGCAGCUGUCUGAGGUGGUUCCCGCCUUUUUCGACACUAGUGACGCACAGCGGUCAGCUGUGAGGCAUGUGCUAAACCAAAAAGUGACUGUGUUGUUAAUUCAAGUGAUCUAAUUUAUUUAUUUUAAAAGAAAUUUGUGAUAAUUAGCAAAAUGUACGAACAGGAGUUAGCACCGGCGUCCAUACCGGACGUCCUGGAGGAUUGCAUUUAUUUAUUUAGGGAAUUGAUCAAGUACCUGGACAUCGGGGAGGAUAUGAACGUCCCUGAUGAUUUCACACAGAGUGAAAUGCAGACAGGGAUGUGGUGGAGGCAUUUAGCGGCGGGAGGCAUCGCCGGCGCCGUCUCGAGGACUUGCACCGCCCCUUUGGACAGACUCAAAGUGUUCCUUCAGGUCCAACCAACGAAGCAGAGAAUCGGCGACUGCUUCAACUACAUGCUGAAAGAGGGCGGCGUCACAGGCCUCUGGCGGGGCAACGGCAUCAACGUGGUGAAAAUCGCUCCGGAAUCUGCAAUUAAAUUUGCCGCCUACGAGCAGAUUAAACGACUGAUCAAAGGCGAUUCCAAAACGGGGCUCAGCAUUUACGAAAGGUUUUGCGCGGGGGCGUUAGCGGGAGGGAUUAGUCAAACGGCGAUUUAUCCUUUGGAAGUAAUGAAGACGAGAUUAGCGUUACGUAAAACGGGACAGUAUAAGAGUAUCAUGGAUGCCGCUUUUAAAAUCUAUCAUCUCGAAGGCAUUGGUAGUUUUUAUAGAGGUUACAUUCCGAAUAUUCUGGGUAUUAUACCGUACGCCGGUAUCGAUUUGGCUGUGUAUGAAACGUUGAAAAAGAAGUACUUGAAGACUCAUUCCAACUUGGAACAGCCCAGCUUUUGGAUGUUGUUGGCCUGUGGCAGCGUCUCGAGUACUCUAGGUCAAAUGUGUUCUUAUCCUUUGGCACUGGUGCGGACGAGGUUGCAAGCACAAGUGGCGCAUCCGUCGAUGGACCCCUCGGCGAUAACAAUGACUGGGGUUUUCAAAACAAUAUUAGAAAAAGAAGGUGUGUUAGGACUGUACCGAGGCAUAACUCCGAACUUUAUCAAAGUAAUGCCCGCAGUAAGCAUAAGUUACGUCGUUUACGAGUACUCGAGUCGCUUACUCGGAGUAAAUAUGACGUGAUGUAGGAGCAUUUUAGGAACAAAUUAUUUAUUAUUAAUUAUAAAAUUCCCUCUCAUUUUGUCCGGGUCACGGGCAAACGAUAUUUCUAGCAAUCUUGAUUGCUUUGUCUAUUUAUUUGUACAGAUUAUUACUGUAAGAAUACUUGAAUAGGCUUUAACAAACUUGUUGAAUGUGGAUCGUUAAUUUAUGGAAACUUUACGAAAUUUUUUUCAAUCUCUUGACGCUCAUGUGGCUUCUUUGACACAUUUAUGUAAGUUUUAAAGUCUAAACGUUUCUCGAUGUUGUUAAAUUCUACCAAAGAAGGCAUGUUCUGUUACUAAAUGACAAUUUUAAUAUUGAUACUGUGUAUUUUCCAAGAUUGAGAUUAUUAUAGGAAGAGGACGAUUGUGAUGUACUUAAUAUUUUAAUAAACUGGUAUUUAUUAUACCUCUGUAUUGUAUUUAUAUAAAAAUAAAAUAAAAACAGUAAAA